UUUUAAUGGGUGUCCAUUUAUUGGAGUGAUUUCCAGGAGAGUUUUACUUAAGUGAUAUUUUUGUUAACAAAUAAAGUGCAAGUAUUUUAUUAUUAUUUUUAAUCUUGUCUACUUCAUCGGCAGUAGAAAUAAGUCCAUAUAGUCGACUCAUUUGUUUUAGAUUAUGGUAUGUGAUGUACUGGUACUCAGGUGUCAUUCAGGACUGGGAACCAGAUAACUCAGCCAGUGGGGGUCAAAUAACUUUAUCAUUGGGAAAAACACGAAACUGGAAAUUCAGUGAUCCUGGGUUUGAAUUAUGGUCUAGUCCACCAUGCCCCCCCCCCCCCCCCAUUUUCUUCAUUAGUACUCUCUAGCACUGUACACCAAACUAUAGCAAUAAAUCAAACCAAGUUGUGAUAACAUAUCAUUGCAUGUAAAGUGUUAGAUUGCAUCACAAAAACAAGAGUACUACUGAAUAAUCAGAUCACAGAAUACAUGCAAGACCCAUUGAUGUUUGCCCAAAGGUCUUAAGUACUCUAAGUUUGAUUUGUCCAAGUGGUUAUAGAAAAACAGUAGUUGAGAGAUAACAAAUUCGGUGUGUGACUGUUAUCUUUACACAUCCUCUAUAGAUGUCACAUGGAAGUGACUGAACACAUGUUGCACAAAAAGCAGCUUAGUAUUAAAUGACUUACCCAUAUAUCUAUACUCAACACUGUUAGCUGUAACCAGAUCUAAGCCGUCUAUUGUCAUUUGAGUAGCGUACGACUAGUGCAGAUUAGAACUUUUCUGUCAGAAACUUGACUUUUGAGAAUUAAGACCGUCAAUAUUAUGGCUACAGCAAAAUUAAUAACUGUGUUAGAGAUGGAACAAAUACAAGCAAGAUAAAUAAAUCUAUUUACAAACCUGGAUAUUAAAGGAAGUCUUAAAGAGACUGGGAUGGAUAUUAGCUGAUGACUUGAAAAUAGCGUGUUACAUAUAUUUCUAAUAACGAGUUGGUUAGCACUGUUUCCUGUGUAUGUAAGUAACUAGAAUUUUCCUUCAGUGUCGGAUCAAGAGAUUUCAGGAUGUGAGUUCUUACUAUGGCCCCGGAACAUUGGCCUUUUCUCUUCCUGUCGUGUCUAUGUCACAAAUUCACAUCAACUUCCUGUGAAAAUGUUAUGCCAUUCUGUUUUACACGGCUAGGAUUAUUGUUGAAUGACACUAGAGGAGGAGAAAGACACUUCCCCCAUACCAACUCGCAACUACCACCCUGAGCGAGAGAAACCAAUGAUCCACCCCUGUGUUGAUCCGCCUGUGUGUGAGAGCUGUCAGAAACUAGAACUCUCUUUCUUUGACCCAGAAUGUCCAGGAUGUAGGGCGAUUCUGGAAAACCCGAACACCACCGUGCCAGAAAUAUUCUCAGUCCUCCGUCAGUGGACGCCACAAACUCAGCAAAAUUUAGAUUUAUUAAUAGAUGAGAUUUUAAAACGUGGUGCUCACAUUAAUGACCGAGAUGGUCUCACAGACAUGACCUUAUUACACUAUGCAAGUAAAUCAGGGGCUGCUGGGAUUGGAGAUGCUGAAUUAGCAUGCCGAAUGGUGACCAUGCUUCUAGCUCAGGGAGCAGAUCCAAAUAUUCGUUGUCGCUGGACUAACAUGACCUCACUUCACUAUGCAGCCUAUUUUGAUGUUGUCCCUGUGAUCAAAGUUCUACUCAAGCACACAAAAGCCUUAGAUAUUGACAGUGUUUGUUCCGAGUUUGAUAAUGGUUCUUCCCUACACAUAGCUGCCUCAAAUCUGGCGUAUGAAGCUGUAAGGGUCCUUCUGCAAAAUGGAGCUGAUGCGUUAUUCAAAGAUGACCAAGGAAGAACAGCCUUAGAGUGCAUUCCUGACCCGUCCAAUUUAGACUCGGACCCAGAGAUGGCCAAAGUUGUGGUCAAGUUAAGAAAGACAUUGCAGGAGGCCUGUCAGCCAGCACCCAGACAACCUCCUCCUAACUACGACCUUGUACAGAGCAAGGUCACGCUGCAGUCUCUGGGGCUGGCCCUCGGGGACAAAGUAAUGGUUGGAGGUCUCAAGAUAGGAACACUGCGAUACUGUGGGCCAGCAGAGUUUGCAGCAGGAGUCUGGGCGGGGAUAGAAUUGGAUGAUGCUGGUGGGAAAAAUGAUGGCAGCAUUGGUGGCAUUUCAUACUUCCAGUGUCCUAAAAACCAUGGUAUAUUUGCUCCGGUCAGUAAAAUAGCCAAACCUGGCUCAGCGCCGCGACCACGAUCUCCUGCUGUGUCACCUCAUAAGUCCCCAGUUCAGAGGUCAGGGUCAGUCGAUGUGUCAAAUGUCAAGGCUAGAGUCGAUACAGGUCUCAAGGCAAGGACCAAUUCCAUUUCUAACUUAGCUGAGAUGGAGACCGGGGAGAGGGUAAUUGUAGCGGGGCAGAGGAAGGGCACGAUCAGAUUUGCUGGCAACACACAAUUUGCACCUGGCAUUUGGUACGGCAUCGAGUUGGACCGACCAGCGGGAAAGAACGAUGGUUCUGUCAAUGGCCAUAGAUAUUUCACAUGCAAGCCAAAACAUGGCGUUUUUGCACCAUUAUCAAGGAUUCAAAAACUUGGAGACAGAAGGUUUAGCUCCAGCGAGUCCUUGGAUGCCAUCAGUUGGGGGGCUAUCUCAGAGAGGGCUGACAAGCCGCAGUCAGCAGGAGUGAACUCAACACCUGGAAGAGCAAGAACACCUGUGAAAAGACCAAAAAGUAUGGGGCAGAGUUCAGUCAGGACACCAAAUUCACAAAGUAUUUCGCGAACUCCGGGAUCCACCAACGAUUUCAAGCUGGAAGUGGGAAUGAGCGUGUUCUGCAAUAAUGAACUAGGUGUUGUCAGAUAUAUUGGUCCGGCUGAGUUUGGUGAAGGUGUCUGGGUGGGUGUAGAACUUCGAACAGCAAAGGGAAAGAAUGACGGUAGUGUCCACGACAGACGGUACUUCACGUGUCGACCCGAUCACGGGCUGCUUGUCAGACCUAGUAAAAUUACUGUUCGAGGCAUCAAUGGUGCUAAAUUAAUAACGGACUACUAUGGGUCAAAAGAGUCAAGUCCAAUGGAAGACAAGUGAUGUAUUUCUUAGUAUUUUCAACAAAUGAAACAAGCGAGGACCAGUUUUAUAAACCCUUAACCCUCACUAUGCCUGUGAUUAAAGAUGCCAUAAAAUUAUCGUGUUCGAUCUAGAGAAAUUGGGAGGCGGAUCCAGUUGUGCGAUAUUCUGUACAGCUCGCUGCAUUUCAAAACGCAUGUAAUUUACUGAGUAAUGUUGCAAAUUCAGAAAUUUUUAAGCAUAUGCUUAUUUAUUUAUUCUGGUUGAUAGCCGAUAUCCAGUGUUGCUUUGAAAGUGUCCCUUUUUCUUGCAACUUUUGGGCACAUGAUCUCUUAGUCAUAAUAUCAUGAUUGUUGAUGACCAAUUGUGUGGGUCAUAUAUUAUCACAUGCUUUUUAUUUUUUCUAUGAUAAUGAUUCAAUGUGUCAAAGUUACUCAAUGGAAAUUCCAUUAUGCAAAUCAAAGUUGUUAAUAUUUUAUGCAAGAAUUAAAAUAUUUUAUGCUUAA